AUGAGAUUGUUUGAUUCUGUCGCUUCGGUGGGUAUUUUUGUCGAUCGAAGGUUCCUAUGCACUUCAAGCACCUCAAAUGCAAGGCAUGUUAGACAUGCAGUGAGUAUUCACGAGAGAGAGAAGAUCAAAAUUCAAACAGAGUUUGUUUGA